AUUGCUCGCCAUCUUUCUCAAACAACAGACAGAGACCAAUCUGAUCCUUGCUGAACACGAAUACUCAACCACAGGAAGUAAUUUCUAUAUUUGCAGACAGAAUAUUACUGUCUUGGAUGCAUUUUCCAUCAGAACAACCAUAACCACAGCAACCAUGGCAUAUCUUCCCUCGUCGCAGGCAUUCCUCGAACAGUCCUGUUUAUUAUUAGAGGCAUAUCCGGACACUACCAGGAUAACCACCAAAUACAGCUUCCCGACAGCAAAAUCGCAAGAGAAAAGAUCCAGCUCUAAGUCAAACACAAAAUCCGAAACUCAACUCCAAAAUGAAUCUCCCGAUACCACCCAACAGCAACAGCAACAGCCACAACCACAACAGUCCGUCGCAACGCUAACACUGAAAACCUUCAACCCCGCCACGGGAAUCUGCCUCAAAUAUCGCACAGAUAAGAUCGCAGAGGUCGGACGUCUGAUUACUGGUCUGGGAAAACUGGCAGGGGGCGCAAAUAUUGCUGAAUUGGGGUUAAGUGGUGCUGGUGCUGGUGCUUCUGCUGCUCCUACUCCUGCGGUUGCGGCUGCGGCUGCAGCAACGGCCGGUUCUACUGCGGACGUGGAUAUGGUCGAUGCGCCUGCUGUACAGGAGGAGGGUGGCGCAGCUCCUGCUGCUGCUGUUGCGGCGGCUACGGCUGCAACGGCGUCUGCUGGUGGGAAAGGAGGGAAGUCAAAGAAGAAAGGAGGGAAGGGGAAGAGAUGAGCAGAGCAGCGUCUGGAGGGGAAUGAUAUGAGGGGAAUUGAGGGGAAUUUUUCAGAGCCCUUUUUCUUUUUCCUUCUCGUCUACCAGGUAUGAUUGUAUUAGACAUUAGCGAGAGGGAUUGAGCCUUGUUACAUAUGUUAUUGCUUAUGCCAUGAUAGUGUUAACGAUGAGGACAGCCAUUGCUGUCUGUCUUCCCGUACGGAAUAUGGAAUCUCAAAAUGCAGAAAAGCAGCGGCAGGCAAUGUCACUGUCGGCAUAUUCUACCUUACAAAGCACAGAUGGAGGCUGAAGUGAAAUGAUACU